AUGAGAGCCAGAUGUUCGAAAUACUUGUUGAUAGCGGACAUAGCCAAGGCAUUCCAUCAAGUCCCUCUUCGACCGGAGUUCCGGAACGUGGUGAAGUUCCUGUGGGUGAAAGAUCCAGAGGGGUCCACGAACCACGAAAAUCUCGUGGUCUACCGGUUCACAAAGCUACCCUUCAGAGCUUCAAGCUCACCGUUUAUUUUGGCGGCGACGAUUCUGCUGUAUUUGGAGAUGAACCCGCAUGAAAUAAAUGAGCGAAUCAAAAGUAACCUGUAUGUGGAUAAUGUCGUAUUGACAACCAAUGAGGAAAGCGAACUCCCGGAGCUGUACUCAGGAUCAAAAAAGGCGUUUAACAACAUGUCUAUGAACCUGAGAGAAUACAUGACCAAUAGCAAGGGGACUAUGGAAAAGGUACCAGUGGUGGACCGGGCCCAAUCAGAAGUGAACAAGUUAUUGGGUCACGUGUGGGAUAGUGUGAAUGAUACAAUCACAAUAAAAAUUCCUAAACCACCAACUGGCCACCCGACCAAAAGGCAGAUGGCAUCGUUUUUAGCGUCCAAUUACGACCCCCAGGGGUUACUCUCGCCUAUAAUCGUGCCGGUCAAGGAGGUUAUACAAAAAGUUGUGGGAGAAAGAGGUGAAAUGGAAACAGAGGAUUCCAAAGCAGCUAUCGAAAGAGUGGGAGGUGAUAAAGGAAUCGUUCACUCAAACGUCAUAUACACUACCGCGACAGUUGGUGGUACAUUAUGAUUACGAGAGCGUCCAACUGCUAGUGUUCAGCGACGCCUCCGAGAGGCAUUUCGCAACGGCAGUGUACGCACACUUCAGGUACAAAGACAGAGAGCCAGUCACAAAACUGGUGAUGUCAAAAUCUAAGGUGAAACCAAAGAACGUGAGCUUGUCGAUCCCGCGAUUGGAGUUGAUGGGAAUGGAGAUAGCAUCCCACGCGUCGCUCACGGCGUACAAGGAGUUGAAAAUGGAGAAAUUGAAGGGAGUGAAGUUCUUUUCGGACUCCAUGAUUGCCCUAUAUUGGGUAUUGAAGAAAGAGAAGUUGACAAAGUUCGCUCAUAACAGAGUUGAAAAAAUCCAUCAAAACACUCUGUGGUUGAAGGGGAAGGGUUUCGAUCCAUCAUUCCAUCAUUGCCCAACAGAGUAUAACCCGGCGGAUCUGGCGUCCAGAGGAGUGGUCAUGGAGAAACUGUUCAAUAACAGCUUAUGGUUCGACGGACCUGAGUUUCUCAAGAAUCCAGAAUCCGAGUGGCCGAUACGACUUGAGGGGAAGAUCAGUUAUCCGCAGGAGUUCAGGGAGCUGAUUUUGAAAGAGGUGGUCCUGAGUAAGGCAGCGAAAAAGAAGUUAAACGCGACCGCGGCGUUGGCAGUAGACACGACCGAUCAGGACGGGAAGGAAAGACCCUUCAUCCCGUACAAUAGAGUAAGUUCUCUGGCAAAGCUAACCACGGUGAUGGGGCUAGUGAUGAGGUGGUUCGUAAGAAAAUUACCGAACAAAGAGUGGGAGAGUCUGGUCAUGAGACAGUUGGCCAAAGCGAAAGACAAUCACGUCAGACAAAGAUGCAUCGCGCGCACGUUCGUGAUUGCGAGGCAUUAUGAAGACGGAAAGUCGAGACUGAAUCUCAGUCUACCGACAAAUAUGAAUUUGGAGCCGGGGGAAGAAGGAGUGUAUCGGUAUCAUCGACAACUGGACAACUCCAGAUUGUCAGCCGAUGCGAAGAACCCGAUCUUGAUCCUACGGGACCACGAACUGGCAACACUGAUAGCUCGAGAGGUUCACAGGAUGAAUAUGCACAUCCCGCAGACCUAUCUCAUCGCAGCCAUCAGACAAAAAUAUUGGAUACCACAAGUGGGAACACUUGUAAAACAGGUGAUUCGAAGGUGUUCCAGGUGCAGAAGACAGGUGGGGAGACCGUUCAGGUACCCCUAUUCCAAAACCCUGCCGUCGUGCAGAACCACACCGGUCGCUCCGUUUGCUCAUGUGGGAUUGGAUUAUUUCGGUCCAAUCACCUACAGAACGCUAAGAAACAAGGAGGAAAAAGCAUGGGUGAUGCUGAUUACGUGUUUGCUCACAAGGGCAGUUCACCUUGAGCUGGUCCUCGACAACUCGACGAUUUCGUAUUUGAUGGCGAUGUCGCGAUAUUUCGCUAGAAGGGGAGUACCCAAAUCCAUCGUAUGCGACAACGCCCCGUCAUUCAAACUGGGGAACGAAAUGAUCAACAAGGACAUCCGGGAUCGAAUCCACGGAAGUCAUGAGAUGACGGUGUUCCUCGCGACGAGAGAAAUCGAAAUCAGAAACAUAACACCCCUGUCACCAUGGAAAGGAGGUGUGUACGAGAGGGUGGUAGGCCUCGUAAAGAAACAGUUUUUAUAAGACAGUGAACAGAUUCAAGUUAACCUACGUGGAACUUGAGUCAGUGAUGAUUCAAAUUGAAGGAACUCUCAACAAUCGGCCAAUAACUUCGACUUCGGCUGAUGAGAGAGAUCCAAUCGCCUUGAGACCAAUCGAUUUGUUGCUUCCGCAGGUCCAAAUAAGUAUUCCUCUGCAGACCCAGGAGUCGCAGGGAGCGACCACGGAGAAGGUGACGAGAGAGUAUUUGGCCGGACUCAACGGAGUAUUGAAAAAGUUGUGGGUGGAGUGGAGUCAAUUAUACUUGGUCAACCUGAGAGAAUCGCAAGGCAAGGCGACAAAUUCCACAGCUACAAUCCCAAAGGUGGGGCAAGUAGUAUUAGUGGAAAAGGAAUUCUACCCACGUCACAAGUGGCCGUUGGGACGGAUCCUGAAAUUAAAGAAGGAACCGGAUGGGGAAGUCCGGGCAGUGGUGCUAUGGUCGAAUAACACGACCAUAGAAAGAUCAGUGAAGCAUCUGAUACCACUCGAAGUCGACCUGAACGAAGAGGAAACGCGAGAACAGUCCAGGGCGACAGAUCCCAAAGGGAAAGAGGACGGGAGUACGGUAGUCAGAGAAAGAUCAUCUCAGAGCGAGGGGGCUCGGACUACAAGACACAGCCUACCGAGAAAAGUCAAAAAACCCAUUGACUACAGAAAAAUGGCCGGCUGUGCCACUUUUUCGCCGGGGGAAUGUCGCGAAGUUCAGUCUAGAAAUGACAUUCCUCACGACUCAUUGUGUUGGUAACGUAGCCGAAGGCUCCGAAUUACCAACGCCAGACUACCGUCUGUCACUUCAUUAUGUUUUACUAAUAGUUACGGUGUUCAUCAUCACCGGAGGAGAGAGAUCAUCUGGCGUGCAGAGACGCAGAGAGAAGCCGAGAGGGACUCAUGCCGCAGUAGAGACACAGGCAGCGGCUUCGACCGUACUGUCGAGCGUGGCGAGACCCAUGGACGCAUUGCGGAUGCGCCUUUAAUAAAUUCUUGCAGGUAGAUCGAGCACUCCUCCUACGACUCAGUAGUCAUCGUCUGACGGCAAGGUGGAAGGUGCGCGACGAACAAUGUCGGAGGCCGGGGCAGCGGCCGAAGACUCAAUUCUCCUGUUCGACGCCAUCAUCCAUGUUGACGCCAUCUGUUGAUUAACUCUUCUUUUAUUUAUUUACCAUCACAGUCUGAACUUAGAGCGAGAACCUGUGGGCGCGAGGGGGCGCGAGGACUCACCGAACCCGAGACGGAGCGAGAAUAUCGCUCUGUCGUCGACGGAUCGCGUAGGCCCGGAGGAGUACCGGCCUAUGAGACCUGGAGCAGGGGGGCUCUGUUUUCAGAAUCUUUAUUGUAAUUCAUGUGCUAUCGGUGUAGUUUCGGAGACGCCCGCCACGAGACCCAGAGGUCUCGUAAGAAGGGUGCAGAGGUUUUGUAGCCAGGUGUCUUUUGCUCUGACAAUAAAUAUGUUCUCCGAAAAACUCCUGUUGAAAUGUUGAAGAGGGGUCACAUAGGUGACUAUUAACCAAUCGUCGAGCAGUUCUGGGGUCCAUCACUAGAAGUAACUCGCGAAAAUUCGGAUGAUUUCUUGGUCAUUUGUUUUUUACAGCUACCUGCUUUUCGGGCCCUGGAUUUUGGACCACUGAGGUCGCGGAAACGUUUACUUCCUCGUGGCUUUGUGAGUUCUAGAGUAACCUGAUCAAUCAAAUCUCCAACUACAACUUUUACGAUGUCUUACUAACUACAUAGUACUUACUGAAUCAUGACGGAAGCGGAACUGAUUGCCAAAUACAAUGUCUCCAAAACUUUUGACCAUUUCGGUCGGUUUUCGUCACCUAUGCAUAGUCAUUCUCUCAACUCAUACAUGCUUUUUAACUACGUACGAUUAAGAAAUCAGCUAGAGAAUGGAAGAUUUAGAUUUGAAGAAAUCAAAAUGAUAUGAAGGGAAAGAACGUUUAUCUCGGUAGUUUUCGUCGUUUCAUCUGGGUCUCCACAGUUUUUUAUGAGUCAACCAACAAUCGCGAAAGAUCGGACCCAAUCGAAUUAGCAAACGGGCGGAGCCUGUCAUCUUGCAGAGUUUGGCGAAAAGUGGCAGUUCGUGCAAAGUCGGCGGGUUGAGAGUCGGAAAAAGAGACAGAAUAAUCAGAUGACAUUAGCCUCUUGACAAGGCGACGGAAGUCCCACAAUUCGGCGAACAGGGACGCGUGAGAAGCCGAGUAGCAAUUGACACUCAGAGAGUGACAAUCAGCGAAGAGACGGAGACGACGAAACAAGUCAUGAUAACAGACGGAAGGGACAGACAUGUUUCGAAUUAGGGGAAGAUCGCCUCUUACCGUCCUUCAUAUAAAAAGGUAGCUCAGCGAACUUGAUCCGAAUUUUCCGCGAUCACAGUUGUUUCCAUUUCAAAAGAUUGUCGAGAUUGUCACUUCGGUGCCAGUCACCCAUGUCUUUUUUGAGCUUUUCUGACUUUCCAACAUACGAAUCUUUCUGCACUUUUGCUUUUGCAUCAAUUUCCUCUCGUCAGACAGAAGUGGACUUCUUCUUUUCUGCCGACUUUUGAUCAUCCGCUUUAAUGUUUCGCUUGUUAGAUUGAUCUUCUGCAGAAAAGCGAAAAAAUCUGUAGAAUUCGUGCGGAGAACACGGCGCUGUCUGCCGCCGAUUCACAUCAUCAGGGCGACCUCUUUAUCUGAACACAAAUCAUAUUUUCCUUAGGUUUUGUGAUUUGCGUAUCUAGUGCGAACAGUUAGAACGAACUAACAAGUUCUUUGAUCUUCCAAAACUAUUCAUUAACAUCAUCGAAUCACCAAAUCAUAAUUCAAAGAUGCGUUUUCUCUUUCUCCGAUUGUAUCUGUCCGACACAAACAACAGAAACGAAAAUGUGAUUCCAGAUGGUACCGGACAAGGCAUGUUUAGUGUGCCGGAAGGCUUCGAACGGAAUGCACUUUGGAGCAUUAACGUGUCGAGCGUGCGCGGCAUUCUUCCGGAGAGCGACGGUGCUCAAACUGCAGUACAAGUGCAAGCAGGGAGACUCCAAAUGCAACAUUGACGGGCGUGGGAGGUGAGGAGAUGAUAUCGAAAGUGAUUUUCAUUUGAUUGACGGUUUAGGUAUGUCUGUCGACAGUGUCGUUUAGCAAAGUGCAAAGCGAUCGGGAUGACGGAAGAGAGUAAGAGAUUCAAUGGGAUUCGAAGCAGAAUUGACUUGCUUUUCAGAAGUGCAACUAGACUAUGAUCCGACGUAUUCGUUUCGAGGACUGAUGGAAGACAGCGGAAGUGUAAGUGCACAUCCAGCCUAUUAAUUCCAUUAGAACUCUUGUUCAGGAUGAGUGCUGCACUCCGAAUGGAAGUCCGGCUCAGUCGGAGUGCAGCCCGAGCAGCUCCGGCCGUCAGAACUCGAGUGAUUCUCCCGGCGUCGACCCGAACUUUCUGUUUACAUUCUCACCAAAACAACAGAACGAGCCGAAUAUGGUGAUCGACUUCAGUGAACUUGUCAAAAAGAUUGAGACCCUUUUCUCGGUACGUACCCAUUUUCAGCUUCUUUUCGAAACUGAAUGAUUGCAGGUGAAGAUAGAGUGCGACUCGAGUGAAUUGGAGACUUUAACUCUUGCACUCAAACAUUUUCGUUGUGAGCAAAAGGAUCGGAGCCAAAUUCUAGUAAGAACUGCUUUCUUUUCCAUCAACAAACCGUUCUUUUCUGCUUAAGUUUCUGAACAAAGUGGACGUGACGACAACUGUGGAAUGGCUGAACGACCGCAUCUACAAGUACGCCAACUGGUUUGCCAACUCGCGAACUCUGAUGGCUCUUCCGAUGGACCAGAAGAUGCAGCUAUUCCGAUCAUCUUGGAAUGCGAUCAGAACAUUCGAAAGGCUUGAAAUGUCGGCGAAAGUGUUCGAAGAAGGAGUCAUUCGUGGCGGUGUAAGCAUCUUCUGACAUUCGACUUGGCCACAAAGAUCAUUUUCAGUACGUACUUCUGAAUGAUGACUCCGCCAUGAUUCCGGAUAGAACUCACGUGGACUUGGCAACAAUCACCGAUCUCAGCAAUCAGUACUUCAAUAAGUAAGUGACUGAUACUUCAGUAUUACAUACAACUAUGCAUUUCUUCAGACUGUUCGAGCCCUACUUUCAACGGUUUGUAGAUGAAGUGGCCCGACCACUAUUGGACUUGAAACCGACCACUGAAGAGGUGGUUUUCUGUAUGAUUCAUUUGGUUGGACUUGAUGGAAGCGAUGUAACCUCCGAAACAGGAGAAGCUUUGGAGCAACUGAGGGCAGAAAUUGCGGACCAAAUGCACGUCUACUACACGAACCACACUGACAUAAAGAUUUACUCCCAUCGUCUUCUGGUCCUUAUGAAACUGGUGAAAGCCAUGAGGGUAAGCACUUUCAAAACCUUUAUUGCCGUCUUCGGUUCCACCGUGUCAUUGCAGAGAAUAUCGCGGGAGAAGUCGAAAAUCAAGGAGCUUAUCUGGCUAUUCGACAUUUAUCACGCGGACAUUUCCGAGCCAUACUUCUUUGAGAUGUUCUAA